ACGAAAAUAGCAUGUCCUCGUCACUAUCCGUGUUACUGGAGAUUGAAAAUCAUCUGCCGUAAUACUAUUCCGAAUUCUUUCCCUCUGUUCAACUCUUCCGCUCUGUGUUUAGAUCUACACUCCUGCGCACCGUUGACCCGAGUGCUCGGGUAUAUUCUGUGCGCAAAUAAGAAUUGCGCACGAACAAGCUUUGUGUCAGUUGGUCGCCAAGAUACUUGCACAAUACCGUCACACAAUACCGUCACAGCCGCCAUGCAGUUCCGGUGGGCCAAGAAGGCGCAGAGCGCAACACUACCAGCCUCGGUCAAUGAUGUGACACAACCAAGACCGACUUCUCAGAAUGUCGAUGCAGUACUGGAACAGGACGAGGACAGGCAACAAGAGGUCAUCAAGACAGUGUCGACGGCCUCAACGGGCGUCGACCACGAGUACCCCACAGGACUGCGGCUUGGCUUGCUCUUGUUGUCCACCUUUGUAUCCAUGUUCCUUGUCGCACUGGACAGGUUGAUCAUCUCCACGGCCAUUCCGCAAAUCACCGACGACUUCAAGUCUUUACCUGACGUGGGCUGGUACGGUUCGGCGUAUUUACUCACGACGUGCUCUUUCCAGCUUCUGUUUGGCAAGUUGUAUACGUUCUAUGCCAUCAAAUCCACCUUCCUCGCCGCCAUCAUCCUCUUUGAAAUCGGCUCCGCCAUUUGUGGCGCCGCCCCGAGCUCCGUCGUCUUCAUCAUCGGCCGCGCCAUCGCCGGCGUGGGCGCGGCCGGCAUCUUCUCGGGCGUUGUCGUCGUUCUUAUCUAUGCCGUUCCUUUGCAUAAGCGACCCCUUUAUCAGGGCCUAUUUGGCGCCAUCUUCGGACUCGCUUCCGUCAUCGGCCCGCUUGUGGGAGGCGCCUUCACGUCUAAUGUUUCGUGGCGCUGGUGUUUUUAUAUCAAUCUGCCGAUCGGCGGUGUGGCGAUUGUCAUCAUUGCGUUUUUGCUUCAGAUUCCCGAGCGCGAGGAGACACACCUCUCGUCUAGGGCGAAGCUGUCGCAGCUUGAUGCCGCGGGGACGAUGGUGCUGAUCCCGGGGGUGGUGUGUCUUUUGCUGGCCUUGCAGUGGGGAGGACUGGAAUAUGCUUGGAGCAAUGGGCGCAUCAUUGCCUUGUUGACCCUAGGGGCCGCCUUGAUGGUUGCCUUUGUAGCUGUACAAGUGUUCAUGCCCCGAACCGCAACGGUCCCAUCACGCAUCUUCAAACAGCGAAGUAUCUUGGCCGGUUUCUGGGCCACGGUCUGCCUUGGUUCCCAGAUGAUGAUAUUUAUUUAUUUCGUGCCUAUCUGGUUUCAGGCCAUUAAGGGUGCUUCGGCUGUCGACUCGGGAAUCCGGAUCCUUCCCCUGACUCUUUCCAUGGUUGUUGCUUCCAUGGCGACAGGCAUUAUGACUUCCAAGAUCGGAUACUACACGCCUUUCAUGCUUGUGGGCUCCUGCAUCGUCUCCAUGGGCGCCGGUCUCCUCACCACCCUCGAGAUUUCCACCGCCAGCCCGAAAUGGAUCGGCUACCAAAUACUCUACGGUUUCGGCCUGGGCAUGACCUUCCAAGCCCCCAACCUAGCCGCACAGACCGUCCUUCCUACUAAGGAUGUGUCCAUUGGUAUCUCCUUGAUGUUCUUCAGUCAGCUGUUGGGAGGAGCAAUUUUUAUCUCCGUCGGCCAGAACGUGCUCAACAAUCAGCUUUUGGAAAGAUUGUCGGGGCUUCCCGGGUUUACGCCUAGCAUGAUCUCGUCGAAUGGCGCCACGACGCUGAGUAGCUCGCUGCCGGUCGAGUUGAGGGGCCCCGUGCUGGAGGCGUACAAUGAGAGUCUGAGAAAGGUGUUUCAAGUGGGACUUAUAAUGACUUGUUUGACGAUUAUUGGGUCGGCGGCCAUGGAGUGGAGGAGUGUGAGGAAGAAUAUGCCGCUGAAGGCUAAUGGGGAUGGAGGUGGGGAUGCGGAAAAGGAGGUUGAUACGCCGCAAGGGAACGAGCAGGUGAAUACGAAUGAGGGGGAAAAACUGGAUGCGGAUAUGGUGGUUAACAAGGCGAUGGAGAAAGAGAAGGAGGCUGGUGAUGAGGAAUGAAUGAGGCGAUAAAAGAGACGGCUACGGCGGAUGAGCCGGUACCAAAGAAGAUUAGUAGGGAGCAAAUGGCUUGAGAUAAACCCCCUGUAGUAUUAGAUGACGUUGUAAUAGUUGCUGGUGUAUUGCAGUUGGGGUCGCAUACAUGCAUGUACCAUCUCGGCGACACAUUGGAGCUUCCGGUCGGAGUCAACUCCCCUCAACAGAUAGAAUACGAUGAACUUGUAAAUUCUACUUCGUAAAAUGUUGAUCUUUAAAGACAUCUAAC